AUGCACAGCGACUCGAUCGCCAUCUUUCCUGCCUCCGGCGGCAUCGGCGGCAGCACGUACCGGCACCUUCUCAAUAUCGUAGACCCAAGAAAUGUCAUCCUCGUAGCAAGAAACCCGAGCAAGAUUCCCGAGACCUAUACGAAUGCAGGAGCAACCAGCAGAUACGGUGACUACGACAAGCUAGAAACUCUUGACCAUGCUUUCGAUGGGGCGCGUUGCCUCAACCUCAUCUCUUACGCGAGUAUCGAACACGAGCACCGCACCAAGGUUCAAAAGUACGCCAUUGAUGCAGCCAUUCGUUCUGGUGUCGAACACAUCUUCUACUCCUCCCUUGGUUUCGCCGGCAGCACCCCCGACUCUCUUGCCUUUGUCAUGCAAGCCCAUCUCGAUACUGAGAGGUAUCUCGCCCAGCUUGCAGCGGAACGUCCGUCUUUCACAUACACCAUCGUGCGUCAGGGCUUAUACACUGAAUCGUACGGCUUGUACCUUUCUUUCCUCGAUCUGAAAAACCCUCCCAAUGAGUUGAAGAUUCCACACAACGGAGAAGGCCCUGGUAUCUCAUGGGUCAAGCGCGAGGAGCUCGGCGAAGGUACGGCACAAUUGCUCGCCGAAUAUAACAAGAACCCUGCAACGUUCUCGCAUAUCAACGAUAAACUCCUCCUGUCUGGCCCGCAGGAGCUCUCGAUAGGGGAGAGUGUGAAAUCGAUCAGCCGCGUCCUUGGAAAAGACGUCAAGAUCCAGCAAUGCUCCAUCGAUGAAUGGGCGUCUCAGGAGUCUGUUAACGGGGCUUCGAAAUACCUCGCUGGAGAUAUGAAGAAGCGUUGGGCGACUGCGUACGACGCUUUGAGGCGUGGGGAAGGAGCUGUGGUUACUGAUCAUUUGCGCCGUUUGCUUGGUAGGGAACCGGAAGGAUUCGAGACGACGAUCAAGAACAUGGCUAUUGCCUGA